ACUUAGAUUAUAAUGAAUAGUUAAUUAUUAUAUGACCACACCCACACCACGCCUACAAAUAAAAUGCCGAAAGGAAAACCAAAAGGAGGUCACAAAGGUCGAAUGAGACGCUUUGUGACUGAAGAAGAAAUGGUUGACCAGGAGGAGAAGAGAAAAAGGGAACAAGAAUGGAAGAAGAAGAAAGGAUUAGCGCCAAACAGGGUCGAUGAAGAUGAAGAUGAUGUAAGACAAGAAGAUGAAAAAGAGUCGGAAAAAGAUGAUGACAUUUCAUUUGGUCGUGGGGCAUCAGGUGGACAUGGUCUGGAGGAGGAGGAGGAGGAGUCAAGUGAAGAGGAGGAGGAGUCCAGUGAUGAUGAAUAUAUUCCAAAAUCCAAAGGUGUUGAAGGUCUUAUAGAGAUUGAGAACCCAAACCGAGUCCAGCAGAAAGGAAAGAAAGUUCAAAGUCUUGAUGUCAAUGCUAAGGUUGAGCUAUCAAGAAAAGAAAGAGAGGAGAUAGAGAAGCAAAGAGCUGCAGCUAGUUAUCGCAAGAAGCAUGAGGCUGGGAUGACUGAGGAGGCUCAGAGAGACUUAGCUCGAUUAGCCCUGAUUAGACAGCAGAGGGAGGAAGCAGCUAAGAAGAAAGAAGCAGCUAAGAAAAUGGAAGCAAGCAAGAAAUGAACACCCACACACAUUCUAUUAUUCAUUGAAUUAUUAAUAAUGAAGCUAUCAACGUGGGAGCACGUGUGUUGGAGAA